AUGGCUAACCAGACCGCCCUUCCCGCGAUCCCAUCCGACAUUGCGUUCAUAACGGGGCCGACGAUGCUCGGGAUUUGCCUCAACUGGGGAUUCAUGGGCAUUCUGCUGGUGCAGACGUAUUUCUACCAUUUGACCUUCAAGGACACGGACCAGCGGGCGAUCAGGUUUCUAGACCGCGCUGGUUACCGCCGACGCGUUCCAUUGGUUCGUCUUCGGAUUUGGGAACUGGCGACGCUCGACGACACCUUCAUCAAUUCGUGGGAUGUGCCCUUCCUCGACGCCGUCAUAGCCACGGUUGUCCAGACAUUCUACUGCUGGCGCAUCUGGAUCCUGUCCAAGUCCCUCAUUUUCCCUGUCUUUAUUUUCUUGGUCUCUCUCACCCAGUGCGGUGCCGGAAUCGCUACUGCGGUCAAGGCGUUCAAAGGUCACAAGCUCUCGUUGAUCGGCAUUGAAGAGGUGGCAGAACAGACAACUUGGCUCGUUGCCAGCGUCGUCGCCGAUAUUCUGAUUACCGCAGUCAUGAGCUUCACGCUCAUUCGUUCGCGCUCGAGAACUAUAUCCGCAAAGAGCACCAUCGAUCGCAUCGUGCGGAUCACAGUCGAGACCAACAUGCUCACUGCUGGCGUCGCGAUCAUCGCACUGGGCCUUUACCUUGGUUUUCCCAACCACUCCACAUUCGUUGUACCUCCUACCGCUAUCUUCGGGAAGCUCUAUUCAAACUGCCUGGUCGCCGUCCUCAACAACCGCCGGCUCCCGUCCGGCGGCAAAACCUCCUCAUCCGCCCACGUCACGAGCGGCAGCUCGAACGCGCACUCCUUCCGGCUCCCCGCCACCUCCCAGACCGAUACCAUCCGGGUCGAGGUCCUCCGGCAGACGGACAAAGACACCGACCUGGAGCUCGACGACCUGCCGAGGCCUUCCGACUCGAAGCAGAAGCAGUUCGACAACAGCAUGCGGGUCUAG